GUUCCUACACGGUCACUUUUUCCUGUUGCACUGUUUGUACCGGUCGAAAACAUCCACCUGCGUAUAUAGCUCACUACAUAAGAUGUAGAAACCGUUAUUUUAUAUUUCACUUGUGUAUGGAGGAAGGAGCUACUUUUGAGUCGAUAUUAACACUGUGUUUGUGUCCACGGGCAUGGAGUUGAAGUGGGAUCAGGCUCCUGUCACAGACCCGGGCCCCUUUUCCAAAGAUGUUUUUGAUAAAUUCUCUCUGGCGCCCACCAUAAAAGAGCUCUGGGCCAUGUUACAAAGCCCAGAUGAAAAAGCUGAUGUGAAAAAAGACACAAAGGUAAAUCCAGCUGCUCACGCCUCACAAUCCAGUCGUGCCAAAAGUAACAAAACCACGCCACAGACCAACAUCAAACAUGGCCACGGAACUUCAGACUGCAGAGAAGCUCUUCCUGAAUGUAAGAAUAAAGUUGCUGAGACUAUGGAAGAGAUAUGCUUCCCUACACCGAAAGUGCCCUACCCCUGCUUCUCCUCUCUCAGCCGCAAAGAAAGAGUGAUGCAUAUAUACUCCAUUAAGAACAACAAGCAGGACAAAGCUCCACAGAAUUUAAUAGAGAAGGUGAAGAAAGAGGUGGCAGAGUUUAUGAAGUACCUGCAAGAUGUCUCUAAAGUGUGCGCUGAUGAUUAUAACUUCAUGCCCACGGGAGCUACUCACUAUUCAGAGGAGUAUUUUAAACAUUGCUUGGACCACAUGAGGAACUACCCACAGGUUUACAGUAUUCAAGAAAUCACCAGUUUAACAGGGGGGAAAUUUGUCCCCGACAUUUCGCUCAACUUUGAGAAACGGCUGCUUGCAAUGGGCACCAUAGACAUGGUAGAAAAACAAAUGCUGCCAGAAAACACACAACUUGCAAUGGAUUAUGAGUCCAUUUCAGCUGUGAAUCCUCCAGUUAAAAAGGCCACUCGUUUCCACACACCUAUCAGCAGUGACACAAAUGCAGAGAAGCUCAGUGCUACAUAUGAGCCACAUGUGUGUCUAGCGAAAGAGGCCUUCCUUCAGCUGCUGAACAACAGUGUUGGGUUUACUGAGGCAUGGGAACUGCCGGUCUGUGUGAAAGCAAACCCUGCAAAAGGUAGCACUCAGAGUAAAACGGUGUACAUCGACCCCCCUCUGCUGAAGACAGAGAUGACAUGGAGAGAGAGAAAUCACCUCUUUCUUGAGGAGAGUGUAAAACUGGCAUACAAGAAGACAGGCUCAAACCCUCUGUUUUUCCUCACAUCAGAGGACUACUGCAAUAGGACUGACUUCGCCACAGCAGAGGCGAGCAGUAGACCAGUUGUUUCAUUUGACAGCACUGAUAUAGAUUUUGAAGCAGAUUUGACCGACUUGGAGUCAUUUGGGGAGUCUUGUCAACUGAAAAAGAAAGUCAAGGACAAUGAUUCGAAAAAUCAAGCACCCUCUAAAAGUGAAACACUGGGAUUAUCAAAACCUAAAGUAGAAUUAGAUAAAGGCAAAACCUCACACAAAUUACCUGAAGAAGCUUCCCCACCUAAAGACAUUAUAUCAGCACUUUCUACACCAGCAAAGGAAGAAGCGCAAGAUGAAACAGCCAGGGCGAGUGUAGAGGACAGCUCAGUGGAUGAGAGUGCUGAGACUACUUUGAAUUCUGUAUCUGAAGAGGAUCCUUUGAGCUCUACUGUAGAAGAGACCGCAGAAUGUACACCAACCAAGCGACUAAGGCAUUCCUCUGUAAACACAGAUUCUGAUGAGGAACGCCUCAUUAUUGAUGACCCAAGCUCCCCACUGAGCAGCGUAGCAAGUAAGAAGAACCAGGUGACACCAGCAGCUCCGGAGAACUUCACUGACCCCAACACAUCCUCUGUGAGUGAGCUGAAUGUGCUCCUAAGUCCCAGCAGCUCUGCUAAAGGAGCUAAGAAAGGAGCCAAGAGACCCAGAGUCUCGGCGGAUUGCGACCAGCUAGGGCACAUUUUGCGAAUGCAAAAUGCCAUGCUGAAAUCCACGACGGCUAAAAGCCAAGAACCUCCAAAAGCACCAGCUGCAGACUGUCGUCCACCAGAACCAAAACCCAACCACCAAACUGUGUCUCUGGUCAAACCUAGUGUGUCCUCGUACCUGGACUUGGAACACAGAGAAGGGCUGCAGAAUGAGCCUGCUGCUCCUGCCACCUCUCAGCCCACAGCACAAAGAAAAAGGCUGCUGAGAGAGGAUCUGCUGGUGAGUGCCGAGGAUGAGGAGGACUAUGAAGCUCCUGAGGAGGGCAGUGUACUGUAUAAACUCUACAGCCUGCUAGAUGUGCUGCUGAUGGUGCGCAGCACUGUGUCCAUUGCUCAUCCCAGACAUGACCAAGAAACUUUCAGGGCGGUCCCUGUGCAUGUGCUGCCCAAGCUGGAGUACCAGCUGUGUUACGGAGCCGAGUGUCUGACCCAUGCUGAGGCCUGCCAACUGUGGGCUGAGCAGCAGCUUCACUCCAGCACGGUAUCUUUCAUAGGUCGGAUUAAUGCACACACAUCAAAGAUUGUGCAGCUUCAAGAGCUCAAGCCUGACUGGAUCCAGAGCACCUCCUGUGAUUUCAAACCAGCUAGGUGCUUGAACACUCUCCACCACAUACUGAAAAAAGUCAUGAGCUUACAAGAGGGGAGAUAUCUGUUGGGUCACAAAUCUGGCGAGGCUUUUUUAACCAUAUUCAAAGCUAGUGAUGGAACAAAGCCCACUCGCAGUGUCUGUGACCUCCAGGCUGUCCACUGUGGACCUCCUGUAAUCCCAGAGGCCAAAAUCCCCUGGGUUCCAGUGGAUCCCUUCGUUCUUAUGCCGUUUCACAAGAAAUACUGUAGACCUCCAUGCACCUUCCCUCCACGUCCACCCACACAGCCUAAGGCAGGAGGGUGUAAAGGAGCAAGGCUGGGUAACAGCAUGACUGCAUCUGCACAAGGGUGGCAAGGCUCAGCAGGGACGCCGAGUCAAAAGCGGAAGAAAAAGAAUAGAAAAAAAAAACAACAGACAAAUAAAAACACAUGUACAGAAUGAAGAAGGCCA